AAGCUUCCCAGCCACGCAGGCAGCACGAGGCGUGUAGAUAUGGGAAGGGGACUGGGGGUUGAGUUGAGAAUGGAGACGAAUGGUGGUUAAGAUUUUGUGCUGAGUGAAGGACGGCGAUUUAAAGGUUCCAGAGGUGGAGAGGUGGUGGGUUGAGGGCGCAGAAUGGUGAGUUGAAGGUGGAGAGUGGAGAGAGGUGAGUUGAGAGUGGUACGUUGAGGGUGGUGAGUUGAAGGUGGAGAGUGGUAAGUUGAGAGUGGUGAGUUGAGAGUGGAGAGUGAAGAGUUGAGAGUGGAUAGUGGUGAGUUGAGGGUGGAGGGUGGUGAAUUGAGAGUAGUGCGGGUGGAGAGUGGCGAGUCGAAGGUGGGAGAGUGGAGAGUGGUGAAUUGAGGGUGGAGAGUUGAGGAUGGAGAGGUUGGAGGGGGCAUGAACAUCAGCAGGAGGAGGGCCUCCCUGAGCGGUGACGUCACGCCACCGCGGGCCAUUUAAAGCGCGCGGCGCGAGCGGGUGCGUGCGCUCCGCGUCUCGGCACCGCGCGUUCCCGGCGUGCUGCUGCUGCUGGUGGUGGGGGUGGCCACAUGUUCGCCAUGGAUUACCCGUUCCUCCACAGCAGCGCCGGCUACGACGCGCCGAUUCACAGCGCCGUGGACUCCGCGGGGCUCCCGUCCGCGUACGUGGACUUGAGUCCGUGCGCGCAGCCUGGCGGGUUCCAGUACCCGCCGCUGAGGACGGCGUGGGGACCAGGCGUGGGCGCUCUGCGUGAGUCGCUCACGCCCACCUACAGCUCGGUCCCCUACAAGUUGUUCGGAGAGCCGGGCUCUCUGGCCGAGAAGCGGAAACAGCGCCGCAUCCGCACGACGUUCACGAGCGCGCAGCUGCGCGAGCUGGAGCGCGUGUUCGCCGAGACUCACUACCCCGACAUCUACACACGGGAGGAGCUCGCGCUCAGCAUCGACCUCACGGAGGCGCGCGUGCAGGUUUGGUUCCAGAACCGCCGCGCUAAGUUCCGCAAGCAAGAGCGCGCAGCCGCGGCGGCCAAAGGCGGCGCGCAGCACGGGGCGCGCGCAGCGGGAGGCGAGGAGCCCGACGCGUCCGGCGCGGGGAUCAGGGAGGCCAAAGCGCCGGUGCCGGACAGCACGGGGCCCGGCGCGGGGCCCGGCGCGGGGCCCGGCGCGGGGCCCGCCGCGGGUCCCUGCACGGGGCCCGCGGCGUGCGAGCUCGGCCAAGGGAUCGUGCCCACGCCGGCGACCUCGUCCGCUGGGAGCCCCAGGCCGCAGUCACUGGGCUGGGCAGGGCCCCCGCCGAGGGUCCCGGAACCCCUCGGAGGGCCCUUCGCCAGCGUCUUGUCCUCGCUGCAGCGACACUUGCCGCACAAACAGGGACCCUAG